UUGAAUGCAGUAAUGGAACCUUUUACAACAGUACAAGUCAGAACUGUGAGUACUGUCCAGUGGGAACAUAUGGAGAUGAGCAAGGAUUGACAUCAUGUAAAUCCUGUGGAGAUGGAAAAACAACACUGGGCGUCGGGAAUUAUGACAUUGCUGAUUGUGUUGCUGAGUGCCCUGUUGGACAAUUUCUAAAUGGUUCCUCAUGUUCCCUCUGCCAGAAACACUUUUACCAACACAUGGCUGGACAGGACUACUGCUUGCCUUGUCCUCUGGGUAAAAAGACAAGUGGAAUAGGAUCCAACAGCUCCUCACAGUGUUUUGAUGACUGCGCAGAAGGAACAGAACUUAAGCCUGAUGGGCAAUGUGUGGCAUGCCCUCGUGGUUACUACCGUAGUUUUGCAGAGGAUGUCUGCACCCCCUGUACAGCUGGAAUGACAACUGCUGGGAAUAGGACUGAAAAUUCCGUGGAUUGUGUGAUAAAAAUCUGUUACAAUGGAACAUUCCGUAAUUCCUCAAAUGUCUGUGUUCCUUGCCCUGUUGGAGAAUAUCAGCCAAUGGAUCUUCAAGAGAGCUGUAUGAAAUGUCCAGUAAACUAUACAACAAAGUCAGAAGGAAAAAAUAACAGAUCUGAUUGUGAAUUUUAUUGCCCAGCUGGGUAUGAAGUCUUGGCUGCAGCAAAUGAAACUUGUCGGCCAUGUCCACGAGGCCAAUAUAAGAACAACACAGAUGUGUUCAGCAUGUGUUCACCUUGUCCUUCAGAAUUUACAACACAGGGAAUAAAAACCACCACCAUUGAUCAAUGUACUAUUAAAAUCUGUUACAAUGGAACAUUCCGUAAUUCCUCAAAUGUCUGUGUUCCUUGCCCCGUUGGAGAAUAUCAGCCAAUGGAUCUUCAAGAGAAAUGUAUGAAAUGUCCAGUAAACUAUACAACAAAGUCAGAAGGAAAAAAUAACAGAUCUGAUUGUGAAUUUUAUUGCCCAGCUGGGUAUGAAGUCUUGGCUGCAGCAAAUGAAACUUGUCGGCCAUGUCCACGAGGCCAAUAUAAGAACAACACAGAUGUGUUCAGCAUGUGCUCAGCUUGUCCCUCUGGUAACACAACAGAAAGCAUGAAAACCACCAGCAUCAAUGAUUGUUCUAUAAAUAUUUGUAGCAGUGGCCAAGAGAUAGGAAGUAGUGGUGGUUGUGCUGAUUGUGAAUUAGAUUACCAUCAGUCAGUGGAUGUACCAACAUCUAUAGACAAGUGUAAAGCAUGUCCAGAUGCUACCGGCACAAAGCAGAAAAUGUCCAAUAGCUCCUCUGAUUGUCUUCCUGUGUGUUCCCAAGGGCAGUUUUAUAAUUCUACAUCAAGUGCUUGUGAAGCUUGUCCCAAAGGAACAUGGAACAAUGGGAAUUUCACCAUGAAAUUUGAGGGAUGCACUAUGUGUCGAGUUAAUUAUACCACCACGGGUCCUGGAAUGAUAUCUCAAGACAACUGCACUCUUUUGGAUUGCAGUCCAGGGUCAUACAUUAAUGGUAGUGAUUGUCUCCCUUGUGACUUUGCAACCUACCAGCCAAACCGCCACCAAAUUUCUUGCAAACCCUGUGGACCAGACCUAAAUACUAGUUCAACAGGAGCAACUAGUGCAGAGGAUUGCCAGAUUUUCUGUCCAGCUGGAAAAGAGGGACAAACAGUAUGUAUUCCAUGUAAGGAGGGGUAUGCCAAAAGUUCACCAGGAAUCAGCACUUGCACAAAAUGUACUGGCAAUUAUACAGCCAACGACCAACGCACUGACUGUGACUCAUUGUUCUGUGACGUGGGCUUCUACUUUCAUCAGAACAGCUGUAUUCCAUGCAUUAGGGGAUUUUACAAGGCAGUCAGAGGAAAUGAUGAAUGCACCAAAUGUCCUGAUGGAUUUCUUACAACCAGUGUGGCUUCAGUUAGUCCAAAUGACUGCAAUGACCCAUAUUGUGUUCCUGGGAAAUACCUAAAUUCUACUGGGCAAUGUGAUGAUUGUAUGAUAGGCUACUAUAAGACCACUACAGGAAAUGACAACUGUACGGCCUGUAGUAGCAAUUACACCACUCCCUCUAGGGGAUCAACAAUAGCAUCAAACUGUUCCAUAAUUGUAUGUGAGGCAGGAGAAAAAAGAAUCAGUAGUAAUAACACCUGUAUGAAGUGUCCUGUUGGAUACUACCAGCCAGCCAGAGGACAGAGUGACUGUUUACAGUGUCCAGCAAUGCAGACCACAGAACAAGAGGGGACUAUAAUUCAGACAGACUGUGUCCCCAUUUGCCAAAAAGGAGAGGAAUUUAAUUCUGUGAGUAAAACUUGCAAGAAGUGUGACCUGGGAUAUUACAAGUCAUCCGUUGGCAACAGUGAGUCCUGUACCAAGUGCCCUAACGGUAAUACGACACUAAUCACAGGCUCUAUCUCUAGUGGAGCAUGCAAUAUAACUGACUGUUCGCCGGGAACCUAUCGGUCAUCUGGAGCCGGAUGUAAAGAGUGUCCAGUUGGAACAUUCCAGGAUCAGCAAUCCCAGACUUCCUGUAAAAAUUGUCCUUCAAAUAAAAACACAACAGAAACAUCCGGAGCAACUUCAGAGAGCCACUGUAUUGUAUUGUGUGAGAAUGGCACAGAGUAUGAUAGAACUUCUGGGAAUUGUUUGGAGUGUCCAAAAGACUUCUACACCAACAGAUCCAUCUCGCAAUAUUGCAUCAAAUGUCCUUCAGGGUUUAUCACAUAUGGAUCCAAAUCUUCAGUGUGUUACAGGCAACCAGUCACUGUAACAACUGCAGCUCCAGUUGUAAGGCAGCAGACAUUUAUAUUCUCUCUCACAUACAGAAUGGAUUUGGAUUGUAACGUUCCAGAUGCUUUAAGUGCAGCAUUGGCAAACAUUAGGGCUCGAAUAAUACGGAGGCUUAUUGCAUUAGCCUCUCGUUUUAUUAAUUUUUGUAGGAAAGUAAAUGUCAAUGAGUGUUUCGUAACUCUAAGAGUACAAUCUAAUGCUUGCACAAAAGUAAGAAGGAAAAAGAGAGCUGUGGCACCCACAGAUCUUGAUGUUAAAGUGGAUAUUCCAGAUGUCAG